ACCUUCACAACAUUGAAUAAAACACGAGAGACGGCCGUUUUCCCUUUCCUGCCGUCCCUCUUCAACUCUCAAUGGCACAAUAUCUUACUGAAAGUCAGCAAGCGUUCUGUAACUCUGUUUGUGGAUUGCAUUAUGGUGGACUCUCAGAACACACCCCAGAGAGGUAUAGUCAACCUGGAUGGAUACACGUUGAUUGGAAAGCUGAAGGAUAACCCCGUUUUAGCAGUGCCACUUGAACUCCAAUCGAUGCACAGUGAUUGUGAUGUGGGGCGACCACAGACCUGCAAUGACCUACCAGCCAGGACGUCUGUGGACGAAAUAGUACUUCAGAGGGCCUCGGGCCCCGUCGGCCCUCCAGGACCCGCAGGUGUCCCAGGAAUUGAUGGUGUCGCUGGCGAGAGGGGAGACGACGGAGAGGAUGGCCCUGCUGGUCCUGAUGGAGACGCAGGUAAACUAGGCUCAGCCGGGUUGCCAGGUGUGCCCGGGGCUGAUGGUUUGACUGGUCCUACUGGAGACGAAGGUCCCGAUGGUCCCCUUGGACAGAAAGGUGAACCUGGGAAACCGGGACCUCGUGGACUAGCUGGCGUUGGAGACGAUGGACCCCCUGGACCCCCGGGGCCAGGAGGACUUCCAGGUGAUUUGGGCAAAGGUGGACCCCCUGGUGCUAUGGGAGUGAGAGGACCAACAGGACCUGGUGGAUCAGUAGGGCCGAGAGGUGCAGCAGGGAUGCAGGAUUUGAGUGCCGAGCUGUGCCCUGGUGCCUGUCCACCUGGGACACCUGGUCAUCCCGGCCUCCCUGGCAUGAAGGGUCACAAAGGAGUAAAAGGGGAAGGAGGAGAGCCUGGGAAACAAGGGCACAAGGGUGAAGAGGGUGACCAGGGAACCACAGGGGACCUUGGAUCCCAGGGCCCAACGGGUCCUCAGGGAAUCAGAGGCUCCACUGGAAUGAUGGGGCCCAAAGGUGGACUGGGAGCACGAGGACAUGAUGGAGAUCCAGGUCCCCAGGGUGUUGAAGGAGCCACUGGUGACCAAGGCCAGAGGGGCGUGAUGGGCGAGUCUGGUCCUAAAGGUGAUGAGGGAUCUCAAGGUGGAAGAGGAAUCACAGGUCUUCCUGGGCCCAAGGGAAAGGGUGGUUUGUCAGGAGUGGAUGGCCGUGAAGGUAUUCCUGGAUUGCCAGGUGGAAAGGGCACCAUUGGCAAGGCUGGGUCUCCAGGGGAGGUGGGGCUUCAGGGACUUCCUGGAUUACCUGGUUCUCCUGGCUCUAAAGGAACUGGUGGAGAGAAGGGUAGCUCUGGAGAGGCAGGUCUUCUUGGAACAAUAGGAUCUGCUGGUAAAACAGGAGAGCAAGGCAAAGCAGGAGGUCUAGGACCCGUUGGACCCAUUGGUGGACCGGGAGACAUCGGAGUACAAGGACCAGCCGGCCCACCGGGCAAACCAGGGUCCAGGGGACCUAAAGGAGAUCUUGGUCUUCCUGGUGUUCCCGGACCCCCAGGCCUCCCCGGAGUGAAGGGAGAGAGGGGAGAAGCUGGCGAUGGAGGACCUAAAGGGGAGCAGGGGGGACAAGGUUCUGAGGGAACCUCUGGAGACAAAGGAGAUGUUGGUGACCAAGGAGAAGCUGGACCCAAAGGAGUGGUUGGAAACCCAGGAGAGCCUGGUAACAGAGGGCCAGAGGGUAGCAGAGGGCAGCCUGGCAUCGAGGGCCCAGCUGGUACUUCUGGACCACGUGGCAUGCAGGGCAACAGGGGCGCACCAGGAAAGGGGUCACAGGGACCGGCGGGUAAAGAACCAAGCGAUCAACACAUCAGACAAGUCUGCAUGAGAGUUAUGCAAGAGCAACUAGCCCAGUUGGCUGCCAGUCUAAGGAGGCCGGAGUCUGGAGCAGCGGGCCUGCCUGGUAAGCCAGGGCCUCCUGGUCCUGCCGGACCCCCAGGGGACAGUGGCUUCCCUGGGCAGGCUGGAGCAAGAGGACUGCCUGGCCUCAAAGGACCUCCAGGACUCCUAGGACUCAAAGGACCCAAAGGUGAAUUGGGCGACAGAGGAGACCGAGGUCCCACGGUGCGAGGGGCCAAGGGCCAGCCAGGACCUCCCGGUCUACCAGGUGAGCCCGGAAAGCCUGGUUACGGCCAGGAGGGACGUGACGGCGAGAGAGGACCUCCAGGUGUUCCUGGCCAGGCUGGUGUACCUGGGCCUCCUGGUAAUGCUGGCCCCAAUGGCUACUGCGACCCAUCGUCCUGCAACCUCAGACCGGGGGACAUUGACACCAGCAUCAAGGGCCCGGAGGGAACUAGAAACUAGAGCCACCACCCAGUGGAGGCUGGUGUCACUUUAAAUCUGAGGACUGGAUCUAAUGGCUAUAAUGGAAUGAAUGGAAAAGUUUCAAACACCUUGGAUUCUGUUCCAUUUAUUCCAUUAGAGCCAUCACUAUGACCUAUCCCCCCUUCACCAGCUUCCACUGCCCAACACCCAGAGAGGGGUAGAGACAGAGACAGAGACUAAGAUGGCAGAUGGACAGUUCUCCCACCCCAACCCUGGGAGCACACAACAUCCUCACAGCCUCUCUACUCUGAAGGCUGUUGCUGUUGAGUCCAUUCUAACGUAUCUGCAGUGUUUUGUGAGAGUGUUCUGUGCUAGCCAGAUCUCUAUCGGAUAUGAAGGAGUCUUCCACUUCCACAAAUGCGAAACAAAACUAAGUAUUUUGUUGCAAAACAAUAAUAAUCCUGAACCUGUUUGGACGUGUAACAGUUUUUUACAUGACAGAUUUUCUUUUUCUUUUGUUGUUUUCAGAAAUGGGUGCUCUAUUUUAAGAUAUUAAUGUUUUGAAGACGAUAUUUGUUUUUAUUCCACCGUCCCUGUAAACCUAGAUGUCCUUAAUAACCACCAGAGCAUCACCUGUCCUUAAUAACCACCAGACAAUUCACCUGUCCUUAAUAACCACCAGACCAUCACCUGUCCUUAAUAACCACCAGAGCAUCACCUGUCCUUAAUAACCACCAGACAAUCCUCCUGUCCUUAAUAACCACCAGACAAUGUACCUGUCCUUAAUAACCACCAGACCAUCACCUGUCCUUAAUAACCACCAGAGCAUCACCUGUCCUUAAUAACCACCAGACAAAACCCUGUCCUUAAUAACCACCAGACAAAUCACCUGUCCUUAAUAACCACCAGACAAUUCACCUGUCCUUAAUAACCACCAGACAAAUACCCUGUCCUUAAUAACCACCAGACAAUGUACCUGUCCUUAAUAACCACCAGACCAUCACCUGUCCUUAAUAACCACCAGAGCAUCAUCUGUCCUUAAUAACCACCAGACAAACUACCUGUCCUUAAUAACCACCAGACAAACUACCUGUCCUUAAUAACCACCAGACAAAACCCUGUCCUUAAUAACCACCAGACAAAUCACCUGUCCUUAAUAACCACCAGACAAAUACCCUGUCCUUAAUAACCACCAGACAAAUCACCUGUCCUUAAUAACCACCAGACAAUUCACCUGUCCUUAAUAACCACCAGACAAAUACCCUGUCCUUAAUAACCACCAGACAAAU